CCUGACACAGCCUCAUCUAGACUAGCGGGGCUGUCUCUCUACUUUCACAACCUGAGUACAGAGAGAAAGUGCAGUUGUAACUCUCAAUCAACAUGACCGCUGUCAAAGAUACACGAAUCUUAGUACCCGCUCUGCUGAUCUGGACCUACUUUGAGAAUUGCUUCUCUCAGAAUGAAAACAUGACUACAGAGUUCACCACUGAGUACACUGAUUACUCCACAGACAAGAAUGAGUUGGAUUAUGACCAUUGGACCCAGCAAUGCCAGAAGGAAUCCAACCGCCACUUCCGCUCCUGGUUCAUGCCCACCUUCUACUCCCUCAUCUGCUUCCUCGGUCUGGUCGGUAACAUCCUGGUGAUCGGUACCUACGUCUACUUCAACCGGCUGAAGACCGGGACCGAUGUGUUCCUGCUCAGCCUGUCCAUCGCUGACCUGCUGUUCGCCGUGUCGCUGCCCCUCUGGGCGACCAACUCCAUGACGGAGUGGGUGCUGGGGCUGUUCAUCUGCAAGGUCAUGCACACCAUCUAUAAGGUCAGCUUCUACAGCGGCAUGUUCCUCCUCACCUCCAUCAGCGUGGACAGGUACUUCGCCAUCUCCAAGGCCGUCUCUGCCCACCGCCACCGCUCCACGGCCGUGUUCAUUAGCAAGGUGACCUCUGUGGUCAUCUGGGUGAUGGCGCUGGUCUUCUCUGUGCCCGAGAUGUCCUACACCAACAUCAGCAACAAGACCUGCACCCCCUACACCGCCGGCUCAGACCAGGUGCGCGUGGGCAUCCAGGUGAGCCAGAUGGUCCUGGGGUUUGUUCUGCCGCUCCUAAUCAUGGCCUUUUGUUACGGCGCCAUUGUGAAGACCCUGUGCCAGGCCCGGAGCUUUGAGAAGAACAAGGCCAUCAAGGUGAUCUUCACUUUGGUGGCAGUCUUCCUGCUCUGCCAGGUGCCCUAUAAUCUGGUACUGCUGCUGACCACUCUCGACGCGGCUAAGGGGGGCAACAAGGAGUGCAUCUACGACAACAGCCUCCUCUACGCCUCUGACAUCACCCAGUGCCUGGCUUUCCUGAGGUGCUGCCUCAACCCCUUUGUGUACGCGUUCAUCGGGGUGAAGUUCCGCCGCGACCUCCUGAAGCUGCUGAAGGAUCUGGGCUGUAUGAGCCAGGAGAGAUUCUUCCAGUACACCUGCGGAAAGAGGAGGAGUUCAGCGGUCGCCAUGGAAACCGAGACCACAACCACUUUCUCCCCCUAAAGCUGCCAAUGCUGCCUAAUCUGAUUGCCUUUUCAACAUGGACAAGACCUUGUGCACAGCCUAUGUUAAUUUCUGAUUAUAUUUCAAAUGUUUACUUAUAAGUGUUCUGUAGGUCACUUAAAAGGUCUAAAGGACAUCUAUGUUUAAUGUAUCAGGCAGCUUACUUGUCGUCACCAGGAAUUUAUUUGGAUCAAGUCUAUACCAUUACAUUUUUUCCUGUUAUAUAGCUGCCAGUGGAGGACUAGCACUGUAAAUACUCAAUAUCUUUGUAUUAUUUCUGUGUUGUUUUGAGUCUUAUUUCCGAAGUCUUGUAAAUAAAAAAAUAAUAAAAAAA